CAAAGCAGCAACAAACACAGCCAGCCAGUCAGUCAGUUUGCUGGCACCGCGAGCGAGCGACGGCCACAGGUGCAUCAUCAUGUCCGCGCGCCGAGACACCGCGUGCCGCGUCCUCCUCGUCCUCUGCAACACCCUCUUCUUGGCAACUGGUGUUGGUCUAGUGGUGCUGAGUGCUUUGCUGCUUUCGGACACGGAGCGGGUGCUGCUUUCGCGGCUGCUGCUGCUGGACGCCGAGGCGCAGAAGGUGCACUACCCGCCCUUCUACUACGCCGCCCUGGCCGUCGGCUGCGCGGGGUUGGCCGCCUGCUCCACCGCCCUCCUCGGCUGCUGGAGCGCCUGCAACAAGAGCAGGGCCCUCCUCGGCACAUUGAUCGGGCUGUUGGUGGUGCUGCUGUUGGGCCAGGCCGGCCUCGUCAUCCUCCUCUCGACGCUGCCCGUGGGAAAAACUCUGAUCGGCGUUGCCGGAAUUCUCGAGGCCAAGACGCUGACCGACGUUCUCCAAGUCCAUUUCGCCGCUCCGGGACACGAGCUUUUCACGGCCGCCUAUGACCUCGCCCAGUAUAAGUUUAAGUGUUGUGGUGUGUUGGGUGCGAGCGACUACGAGGCGUCGUGGUGGCGAAUGCAGGAGCUGGGCAGCCGCGAGAUGCGGGUGCCGCUCACCUGCUGCCACCUGAGAAACGCACCUGGCGACGAGAGAGCCUUCCUCGACCCUGUGCCGUUCAACAACACCGCGUGCCAGGCGCCUGAUCACAAAGACAACAAGGUGGAAAGGUUUCAACAGGGUUGUCUUCGCCCUCUGGAGGAGUGGUUCAGCGAGCAGUGGGUCUACGCGGCGGGGGUGGUCGGGGUGCUGCUCUUGCUGCAAAUCGCCGUCCUCCUGGGCUCGGUGUCGCUGUGCCGGCGGCUGCAGUCAUGAAAGCGGCCCCUCGGGGUACCUCCACGGGCGCACCUCGGGCACCCCGAGGGCCGCUUCCCCUCCCCCCGGCCGCGCAAGCCGCCCCCUUAUCCGAGGGCGGGCGGCGGCUGCACCCUGUCGCGGCAGCACGACUCGCACUGGCUGGUCAGGGCCGACCCCGCCACCCUCAGGGGCAACAGGAACCCCUUGGGCCGCGGCCUGCAGCACUACGCGCCCCGAAACAAGCGCCCGGCGCCCCCGGUGCCCAAAGACUUGCUCCACUACCAGCACAUGCUUAGGCGCAGUGCCAUGUUCGCCGAAUACUGACCCACAAUAAAUUAUAUUAGUGUUUUUUUUUAAUUAAAUACUGCCUUUGACGCAGUUUCUGACCCCACCAAUCGAUUCCUGAGGGUCGAAUUAGGUAAAGAGGACAUUUUUUCCGACCUAAAAGUGCAGCGUGACGUGCGAACUUUUUUCCCGCCGAAACAUUAAGAACGUAAAAUGCGAGAACUGCGCAUGCGUGAGAGCUGGCUGGAUCUGACAAAUAAUUAAUUCGUACAGGCGGUCUCUCUGCAAGUGCUCAAACCAGCUCUCACGCAUGCGCACUUCUCGCAUUCAUAUUUUUUGGCGGGAAAAAAGUUCGCACGUUGCGCUGCACUUUUAGGUCCGAAAAAACAUCCACUUUACCUAAUUCGACCCUCAGGAAUCGAUUGGUGGGCUCAGAAUCUUCGUCAAAGAUGGUAUUUAAACUGUGUUGUACAGAAAUUGUGAAAAGUGUAUGCAAUAAUUAUUUUCAGGGUUCGCAAGAACGCGCAUUUCCCCGGAAAAACCCACUGCUUUGCAAAAAAAAUUGUUUUGCGUGUUUUUCUGCAAUUUAGCGCAUUUUUAUUAAAAAGGAUUAAAAAAACUCAAUAUGCACGAUGACAAAAAAAGGGGAUUUCACCAAAAAACAUGGCGGGAAAUGUGAAUUUUUCGAGUUAUAAAUUCAUAAAAAUGCGGAAAUACCCUAAAAGGGUUUUUUCUCCAGCUGUUUUUUGCGCAUUUAAAAUUGGCAAACCGUCUAAUUAAUUUUUAUCAAUUGUGCCGUUUUUCUGUUUGUUGCUUUUGGAAAUUUGGCUGGCGAGGAUUUUUAACAGGAAUUUCUUCACGAAAGUUCGAGUUUAAUGCCAGAGUUUUGGCACAUUGUACAUUUUGGCCCCGAUGAGAAUUCAUUUAAAUUAUUUUACUUAGUUAAAAUGAUAUAUAUUUUUAAUUUAAAAUAAGGAAAUGUAUAUUUCCAAUAAUUUUUAAUGAGGUAAUAGUUCGAGAAAAAAUUAUUUAAUCCCACUAAAUCCAACAAAUUGUAUUUAAAAACUAAAAUAAAAUUAUUGGAUAUCUCACAAUUAAUUCAAACCAAUUUUUGUUCAUUUAGUAUAAGGAGACGAGUGUUGAUUUUUCCUGCCAUUUGUAUAUUAAAAAAUGUAUAAAGUGUUCUUAGAACUGAAAAAAACAAUCAAAAGUGGUCCAUGAAACUGUUCAAAUUUUUAAUAAAUUCUAGGCUAAUUUACAAAAUAUUUUUUUGAAUAAAACAUCAAUUUUUAACCAUUUUGGAUGAUUGGGAAACACGUCUAAUUUCUUCUAAAGUUUGUCGAACUUGUUCAUUCUGAUAAAAAAAAACGAUUUUUUAUCUAAUUCGAAGUACAAAAGAUUUAUGAAUUAAAGGACAGGAUCCAGACCAUGCAGACCUUUCGUUGGCAAGGUUUUAGGACUUUGAUGCAAAAUUGGCUUCAAAUUUAAGUCCUGCGGAGUCAUCAUCAAUUUCAGGGCGAUCACAACAUUCACAACUGGUUGAAAACUACGCAAAAUCACAUCAUUUUCAAUUGAACUCGAAAUUUUGGAGUAAAAAUAAAUACGUUUUUUCGUAUUUUGGUGCUGAAAACAAUUUUAUCCCAUUCAAUGAUGCCAAUUCUGGCAGGAUCAAUUUAUUUCUUCUGAUUUUUUGCUAAAAUUGUUGUGAAUUUAAUUUGAAUUUUUUUAAACUCCAAAUUUUUCAAUAUACCGCCAUUAAGGAAAGAGUUUGAAUCCCUGCAAAAUAUGAAUUUUUUUGGAUAAAGGAAUUUUCAGCUAAAAAUUAAAUUUUAUACAAGUUCCAGAGUCCAGAAAAUCCUCAAAGGAAUUAAGGAAUUAAAAAAGGGACCCAUUAAAACUCUCUAAACUAAAUUUUAUCUAUAAAUUAAUCAAAAACUGUAUAUUUUUAAUGGUUUUCAGCUGGUCAGAAAUCCAAAAGCAACAAUAACAUAUCGAUAACUAUUUUGUAAAUGUACAGAGAAAUGCCAUUGAAAUGUAAUUUUAUAUCUUAGUGUAUUAUUUUUAUAUCUAAAAUA